UAACAUCUUAAAACUGAUAAAUAUAUCUCUUCCCUGUUCCUCCUCGUACACAAAAUUAAUUAGGUCCUUGAGUUUUGAGACAACAAAAAAGUAGGACAAAUUUCUGCAAAGAUGAGGGCACAGUUGCUCUCUUUGACAGCAAUUUUGGUUCUGAGUUUCAUAGCUGAAAAAUGUAGACAAUUAAUCGGAGAAGAAUCAGCUUCGAGAAGCAGGACAGAAAGAUUCACAUUCAUUAACUGCUUCGACAUGAGUUAUGGAACCAUAGGCUGCAUACUCAAGGAAUUGGUCAAGAUUUAUUUACACUACAUUAGAGCAACUCAUGUGCACAAGGUCAGAAAUGAAGCAACUAAAGAAGCAGUUCAAGAAAGCUUGUCCAAAGGACUAAGUCUUGAAGAUGCAGUGAAAACAGGGCAACAAGUUGGAAAUGCUGUGGCAAAAAGAGCAUCUUUACAAGCAAAACACAUUAUGGGGCCAAUGGUGUCAUCAGGAUGGGACUUUUUUGAGACUAUAUAUGUUGGUGGCACAUUGUAUGAGGCAAUCAUUAGGAGUGUUGGCACAUUGUUGGGGUCAUAUAUUGGAGGAAUUAUUGGGGAAGGGAAAACUAGAUGGUUGGGUUUUCUUUUGGGAAGCCAAUUUGGUAGUUGGAUUGGUGGGAGGUUGGGUCUAAUAUUGUAUGAUGUGGGAAAUGGGCUGCAGUUUCUACUUCAACUCACCAAGACUAAUAAGAGUGAUGGAGAAAGCAACUCACUCUUAUUAAUUUCUAGUUAGUGAAAGAAAGACCUUCCCUAUGUAAAUCUUAAUAUUCCUUUGAUUAUGUCAAGGUUUAAACUUGUUGUA